CUCGGCGAAGGACGUUACAACCCUAACCCAACUGCAGCUUCUAUAUGCCGCCUGAGCGCCUGCUCUAUGAAACACUUUCCAUAAUACCAUCUUCAUUGCAGCAGAUUUGCAGGCUCGGGACUCUGCACCCAAAUUUGGGCCUUGGACUGCAAUGCAGUUUCUGAGGCAAAUGGCUUCAGCCGCUGAGCGAGCCUGCGGGCGCUGUGGCAAGGGAUACAACGAGGAUAGAUUGCAGCUGGUGAUCCCUUGUGGUCACACGCUGUGCGCCAAGUGCGUGCUGCUGGCACCGCCAUGUCCGCACUGCGGAACGUCGGUGCCUCGCGCUCGCCAGUUUGCUCUCAAUCGCUCCCUCGCCGACCAGCUCGGGCUGAUGGGCCAAUCAGCCGGCGGCAACCACUCCGUAGCGGCAGGGGCCGCUGGGUCUGCGGCGGGCGGCGCGGCUGGGGUUGAGCAGCCGCGCAAGCGGCGCCGGCAGCAGGCCAGGCGGGCAGAGGACCUAUCGGAGGACGAACCUGCAGACGAUGUGCAGGAUGCAGUUGCAGAGGAGGAGCAUGAGGAGCAGCAACAUGAGGAGCAGGAUGAGGAGCAGGGCGAGGAGCAGCCGGAGCAGGAUGCUGAGGAGGGCGCAGAAGGGGUGGUGGUGGUGGCGCCGCCGCCCCCGCGGGGCCACGUGCUGUUGCAGCUGUGUGUCGUGGACCCCGGCAGGCUGGACCAGCACGAGCUUGUGUUGGAGCUGUGGCUGCCGCGCUACAUGCUGCUGCCCAACGAGCGCCAGCGGGCGUACCUGCCCAUGACGCUCGUGCGGCGGCAGCUGCGCGGCCGCGGGGUUCCGCGCGAGGCCUGGCGCCUGUUCCUGUUCGAGCCCGGCUACACCUGCUGCCGCUCGCGGGAGUUGCGGCCGGAGGAGCGGGACGCGCGCCUGCUGCCACUGACCGGCGACACGCGCGCAAGCCGCAACGAGCCGCCGCCGCCGUUCCGGCUAUUCGCGCUGGACGCGCGCGCGCCGCGCAUGCGAGUGGACGUGGUGAUUCACGGCUACUGGGGCGAGCACAGGGUGGAGGGCGUGGAGGUGGACGCGGGCGGCUCCACACGCGCGUUUGGGGACCAAGCGGUGGCGCGGCUGCCGGCGCACCUGGCCUUCCACCAGGGCACCUGCCGCAUGUACAAGCUCCGCGGCAACGGCAACCCCGCCUCGCAGUGGAUGGAGAAGGUCAAGUGCGACUGCAUGCUGGCGGCGGUGGUGGACGAAAGCGUUGUCAGCCGCGGGGCUGUGCACCUGCGUGCUGCCGGGCCGGCGCCACCGGGCGCAGCACAGACCUACUCCGUGGUGGUCAGGACGUUGACCGGCAAGAGCGUCCGCCUGUUGGGAAUCUACGGCGGCCUCGACGUGGAGAUGCUGAAAGAGAUGGUGCAGGACAGCGAGGGCACUCCCCCGGACCAGCAGCGCCUGCUCUUUGCCGGCAGGGAGGUGUUGGAAGGCAGGACCAUGGCCGACUACAACAUCGGCCCGGGCGCUACCGUGCACCUCGUGCUGCGCCUGGCCGGUGGCAAGCCGGUCAUCUGCGUGUGGGCGGCCCAGCCCACGGACCUGACCGUGCGCCUGCGCCUCAGCCGCCACUGGACCUUCAGCAGCUUGGUGCCGCGACCGGACCAGUACAGCGACGGCGAUGUAGCGGGCGGUGGCGGCGGCGGCGGCGGUGGGUCGGGGGCGGAGGCAGGCAGCAAGCCCGGCGGCUGGGCGGCUGGCGGCCGGGAGGCGGCGUGGCGUGUGCGCGCGCUGCCGGAUGGCUCGCUGGUGCACCCGGGCAGUGGCGGGCGGGAGUAUGCCUACCUAUUCUGGGAGGCGCUGACGGAGGGCACCGCGGCGGAGCCUGGCGCCGGCAGCGGCACCGGCGCCGGCCCCAGCGCCGCAGCUGGUGGUAGUAGUGGCAACAGCAGCCGGCGCAGUAGUAGCAGCAGCGCAAUGGUCUGGGAGGAGAACGAGGAGGAGCAAAAAGGCGGCAACGGUCGGGCGCCGCUGCAGCCGCAGCCACGGCUACAACCACAGCCGCAGCCGCCACAGCUUGCUUGCGGCCCGGGGCUUGCUACAGCCGCAGCAGCAGGCUCUGUUGUUGCCGCCGGGGGCACUGCUAGUAAGAGCCCCCUGGGCCUGGGCCCCACGCCGACCGACCUGCCGCUACCCGACUUCGAGCCGGCCCGGUCCUUCUGCGUGGCGGGCGCUGACGUGGAGCGGUGGCUGUACGGCGCCCUCGCGGCCUUUGGACUGCCUGUACGGGAGCGCACCGACUUCCUGACGUACUGGCUGCCGCACAUGGAGGGCGCGGCGUGGCUGCUCAUCAGCUUCGCCGACCCCUUGGAUUACCAGGCGGCCGCGGCCCUUGAGGUGACGCCGGCGCCGGACGUGUGCGUGCGGCUGUUCAUGCUGUUUGAGCGGCUGGCGGCGCCCGCGGCGGGCGCGUGCGGCGACCUGGGAGCGGAGGUUGUGCGUGUGGGCGUGCUGCGGCGGCAGGGCUGCUCGUUGGCGGUGCUGGAGUGGGGCGGCAUGGAGGUGGUGCGGCGCAAGGGGUAGGAGGCAGUGCUAGGUGGCAGAGGCGGUGGAUGUGGGAAGCGAGCAAGUGGGCCACCACUUUGGGUGUGGGUGGCACGGCGUGUGUGCGUGCUGCGCGUGUGGCUGUGUUUAAUCAGCAGGCCGUCGCGGCUUUUGUACUGCUUUCUGAUCAAGAAAAGGUGCUUCAAUUCGAAAGAGCGCUCGACAACUUUUGCAAGCUGCCGCAAUAUUUUCGGUAUUUGACUUUUGCCGUUGUGUGUGUGGAGGUGCUGAUGCUGCUUGUGUACCAGUGCGGUUGGCGCGGCACGGCCGAGGCAUGGCCGCAUGGGGUCCGGCGGUCCGCACUCCUGUCCAAGUCCUGUGUACCGUAAUCAUACCUGGAUGCCAUCAGUUGCUGACCAAUUACGGUAUUGAUCACUGCUGGUCUCAACUGUUUGAAGACAAGCACGACAGCUGGCGGGCUUGGUGGCAGACGGCCAAGCACGGAGCAGAGGUAGAGCAGGAGGGACGGAGUCCCGCUAACACGGCCGGUCACGGCUGGUAGCCAACGUCUGUCGCUGGUUUUACCCGGGU